CAAUUUCUGGUCGAACCCAUACAGCAGUUCGCUGGAGCAAAUACAAGAAUCAAGAAGCCGACCGAAAUUGCUUUCUUCUCUUACGACUCUGACCAUAAACUCAAGCCUCUCGACAAUGAAUCACUGAAAUAUUACUAUCCACCAUUCUUCAAUGUCCCUGGUCAUCAAGAUUCCAGGCUGCGUCAAGAGAAGCACAAAAGGCUCGCUUCUCACGGAAUAGGGGUCCACCGCAAGACAUGGCCAUGUAUUGGGACGUUGUCACUCUUGAACAAGCCUUGGGGCGAGACAACAAGAGAAGAGAUCGAGGGACGAGAAGACGAAGUUGUCGACAACUAUGCCCAAUAUUGCAGCAUCUGCAGAACAGAGAUUGGUGGUGCCUCAAUGGUCAUCGGAGGAGAGGUAGACGGAGUACUCGGCUACAAACCCGAUGAUCCACAAGCGCCCGCCAGAUGGGUAGAGCUCAAGACAUCCAAACAACCAGAACAUGAGCGCGAUCGCUGGGUCCUCGACAAAAAGCUCCUCAAAUUCUGGGCUCAAUCUUUCCUGNNCUUAAGUGCGUUAUCUACUAAUGUGCCGAAAAUCAUCAUCGGCUUCCGCUCGCGAGAUGGCAAGUUGUUGAACAUCGAAGAGUUGAGCACCCAGCAGAUUCCAUCCAGAAUACAACAACAAGGCACGUACAAGUGGAACGGCAACAUCUGCAUCAACUUUACAGGCCAAUUCCUCGAAUUUCUCAAGCAGACCAUUGUUGGCGAAGGUGUUUGGAGAAUUCGGAGAGAAGCCAAGAGUACAGCGAUCGAGGUCUUCAAGGUCGAGGAACAGGGGACGGGGAACAUUCUCACUCAAAACUUCAUCGACCAUCGCAACAGGCUUCUUGCCUGA